UCUCCGCCGAGGCAGGGUUGCGUGCGAAGGAGAUCGGCGCGUCACGUCACUCAGAGGAAUCCGCCACCUGAAACGGGAGGAAGUGGAGGGCGACUCAAUUUGGGCACUAUACUGGAAUUAACUGAUAACCCCGGAGCGUCUUGCGCACCUGUUACCUGCGCGGAGCGCGUGAGCAUGAUUCCUCCAGGAGACUGCAUGUACGCGGGCAGGAAGAGGAGGAAGCCCAUCCAGAAACAGAAGCCGUCCUCGACGAAUGAGAAGACCAACCCGUCCAAGAGGCACCGUGACCGGUUGAACGCCGAGCUGGACCGACUGGCCAGCUUGCUCCCCUUUCCCCCGGACGUCAUCUCCAAGCUGGACAAGCUGUCGGUGCUGCGCCUCGCCGUCUCCUACCUCCGCGUGAAGAGCUUCUUCCAAGCAAGUCAAGACAAGCCGCCCAGGAAGCAAAUCGUCAACCCAGCAUCCUCGAACCCUGAGUCCAGGAAAGAAAGCCUUCCACUGGGCACCGCCAUCUCUGAGAGCGGCCUCCUCCUGGAAUCCCUCACAGGCUUUGCUUUGGUGGUGAGCAGUGAUGGGAUGGUCUUUUAUGCCUCCUCCACUAUCGUGGACUAUCUGGGAUUUCAUCAGACUGACGUGAUGCACCAGAACGUGUUUGACUACAUCCACAUAGAUGACCGUCAGGAGUUCAGACGCCAGCUCCACUGGGCCAUGUGUCCUCCACAGCAGCAGGGGGCCACAGCACAACAGGAGCAACAGCUCACAUCAGGAACUGGUGAGGACUUCGUGGUCAGCAGUCUGUUCCAUUCUCCCGAGGCGGGGGGCAUACCUCCAGAGCUCACCGCCUUCCUCAACAGGUGUUUCAUAGCCAGAGUCCGCUGCCUUUUGGACAGCACCUCUGGUUUCCUGACCAUGCAGUUUCAGGGCAGGCUCAAGUUCCUACACGGACAGAAAAAGAAGUCGGCAACAGGGGCCCUGCUGCCCCCUCAACUGGCCCUGUUCUGCGUGGCUGUGCCCCUCCUGCUGCCUUCCAUCACCGAGAUGAAGAUGAAGACAAUGCUGAUGAGGGGGAAGAGCAAAGGAGGGGGAGGAGGGAUCGUUGGUGCACUGGAGCAUGGGGAGCGGGGGGAGCACUUGCGAAGACAUUCACUCAGUGGAGGACUGGGUGAUAUUGGAGACCCUCUCCUACUGCCGUGCCCGACCCCCGGAAGCGUUCAGCGAGGUCACCACACCCCCUGGACCCCCCUCUCAAAAGACAAUGUUAAGUACUGCUCUGACAGUUUCUACGGCCAGGAGGAGCCCCUCAACUAUUGUAAGACUUCCAUGGCUCCCCACAAAGGCCUCAGCCCGGGCCUGGGCAGUGGGUGGCCUCUGCGACCCAGCUCAGGGCCCCUCCGAGUGGGACAGGGUGUUGGCUACCUACCCUCCGGCCGGUUCAAUAAAGCUGGGCAAUACAUGAAGCCGUACCGCCUGUCUCCGAGCUGUCACAAUGGCAGAGGUGGCGAAGUGUUCGUCUCCAAGCUGUACGGCAACCUCCAGAGCCCCACAGACCCAGACGCCUACUGCGUGGAUCUGGUGAAGAGUGAGAAUGGCUACGGUGAGUGUUAUGAUGCCCACCUGAUGUCCGAGAUGCCGCCCAUCAAGGUGGAGCACGACUCAGACUCAGAGAAUGGCUGUGAUGCGUAUGGGCGUCCGUGGGCCAUCAACCGCCGCUAUGGAAAUGGGGUGUAUGACCCGAACUCCGGUGUCCAGCUAAAAUCAGAGGCAGAUUAUUACGAUCAGCAAUACUCCCCAUGUCAGCGAGGGAAAACGGGCAUCAGUCCGCCGUACAACAACGGCCACUAUCAGAACUAUGCAGGCGGAAACACAGGUGGACGCAUGUUAAAGUGCGACAAAGACCAGGGCAGCAACAACAACAACAACAACAACAACAAUGACGGCAGCCAGUUCAGUCCACAGAGACUCUCUCACUCAGACCCACUGUGCAGCAGCCAAUCUGUCAACCUCAUGGACUCACACAUCUAUCCCGGUGCAACACUGGACCCCCACAAGGUCUACGUUCACCAAGACUACGGCAAGCAUGGUGGCUUUGAGUUCAAAGGUCACGGGCUGAUCCAUUCGAUCAAGCGGGAGCCGAUGGACUCACCCCCGUGGUCGGAGGGUGGUCACGACAUGACCCAGUCCAUGACGGUCGGUCCAAGGAACAUUAUGCCCUGUGUGAUGAGCACAGGGCACCACAAAUCCAAUCCCUAUGUUUAUAUGCAAUGAAAGACUGACUUGCACAUUGCUAUCACACAUAUAGAAGAGACAAGAUUCUGCCCUUUCCCCGCAGACGUUUUGAGUGUGUACAUUAUGGUACAUCCUACUAUCAUUUCCAUACCAAUGCACCAGCAUUACACAAAGACCCAGGAUAUCAACAUUUAAAUUACCUCUUGGAUUCGAGGAGGUCACAAACAAGGCUCAGGUUCUAAAGACUAGUGUUGUGACAAUCAAAAACAGUUUGAAUCCUUUUUAUUUUUUUUUUGGAUAAUUUUUUUUUUUUUUUUUCAAGGAAUACAAUUUGUAGUUAUCGUUUCCAAGCACUUUUGGAUAUAGUGACAAUGAUGCAAGUGUUGUCCAGACACAGUUUUUUUUUUUUGGUUUUUUUGUUUUGUGUAUCGUGUUGUGUACACCUGACUUUUGUGAGAGGUUUGGACAACGUUUUUGCUGUAAAAAGUGUUUUAUGAUUUUGUUUGUUUGUUUUCUUAUUCACUUCAUACGCAGGAUGCUCCUUAAACAUGCUUAGCUUAUUCUGGAGAGAUGGGUGAUUUUUGAAAAACACAAUUGGGAGUCAAUAUGCCACAACCCAAGGAUUGGUAAACCUUGAUGAUUUAGUCAUUUAAUAAAAAGCAUUCACUAAGAAAAGUAAAUUAGAGCAGCAAGGUGGUGGAAUAACUAUGGAAACCCCAGUACAACCAGAGGACUUCAGUUCAAUCCCUAUCCUGCUGAAGUAUCCUUGAGCAAAACACUAAAACCCCUUAUCAGCUCCAGCAGUGUCCCUGUAGCUACUCCAACCUCCGUGUAGAGGGAAAACUUAAUUUACCUACGGCAAUCCAAAAAUCAUCUUAUUACAGCUGUCAUCACAUAAAGCAUUGCAGCAUAUUUGAGAGGGGAAGUCCCUGAGGCACAGUCAAAACGCCUAAAUUACACUGACAUUUGACAUUUUAAAUCUGUAAAACGACUGUAAAAUGAAGCAUCAGUCAGUAAUUGACCUUUGAAUUGUAGGACCUGAAGUCAUAUGUCUGCGUACCACGCUACACAGGGUAGAUUAUCUAUCAAUGGAGGGAAGGUGUGUUAGAUGAGAGCUUGCAUGAGAGCUAAAGAAGGCAGCCCUGUUUUUGGUUUCAUUUUGAUUUUUUUUUUAUGUGCACGAUAAUCUUAUAAUUUGAAGUCAACACCAUGAAUAACAUCCUGUUGGAAUCAAAAAAUAUAUAUUUGAUAUAUGCCCUUUUAUGUCACGGAGAAUGUUGGAUAGCUGUGGAAAAUUAUAUUUACAGUACAGCAACAACAUUUCAACUUGAUAGCCUCUCACUGCCAAAAAAUUUCACAUUUCCAUUGUAAUUAAUAUUGUAUUUGGUCUUUUCAGUCACAAACUAUUGGUCCAUGUUGUAGCAAUCAGUGUAUUUGCACAAGUGAAUUGAAAGCACCAAAUUACGAGUAAAUAUCAAGGUCUCAGUUCUGUGACGAUGCCGCUGUGGUUUCUGAAUUGCACUAUUGGGAGUAUUUCAGUUCAAGUUCAGCCUACCUUGACAGGUUGUCGACUCGACACGCACAACUGUAAAUGAUUUCACCUUUUUGAGCAUCUCUUUUUUUGUGUGUGUUUUUUUCCAUAAAAGUCUGAUGAUUAAUAUUUAUUGUAUGAGACAGAAGUGUAUAUUUAAAAACUAAAGUUUUGAAGGCUUUGCUGUCUCACUAAGGACAUUAAAGGCUUUUUUCCCCCCUUGCUAUCUUUUGUGAUAAAUGUUAAUAACGAGACUUUCGAAAGGCUUAUCUUAUGGAGGAGAUAGCCGCAAGGUAGCGAAUACAAUGUACAUAUUGCAGUGUCUACCAAUGUUUCUAAGUGUUUUUGCAAAUGGGGCUUAUCUAUUAAAUGACUGCUCUUUGUAU